GCUGCCGGACGGGACGGUGUGUGUGGGAGUGUGUAGAGAUGGGGGAGAGGGAUCCAGCGUUGCAGGAGCCUGGCUACGAUGGGCUCUGCAACUACGCCCAAAAAAUCACCUCCUGCUUCGGACUGGAUGUGGCUCAUGCGCAGGACACACAACAACAACACCACUCCACAGAGAAGCCCCUGAUUCAGUGCUACAAGUGCGGGCAGCCAUGUAAAGGCGAAGUGCUGCGGGUGCAGAACAAGCACUUCCACCUCAAGUGCUUCACCUGUAAAGUGUGUGGCUGUGACCUCGCCCAGGGGGGGUUCUUCAUGAAGAAUGGGGAGUAUCUGUGCACGCUGGACUACCAACGCAUGCACGGCACCCGCUGCAAUGGCUGUGGGGACUUUGUGGAGGGGGAAGUGGUCACUGCUUUGGGCAAGACCUACCACCCUGCCUGCUUCGUCUGCACCAUCUGCAAACGACCGUUCCCUGCAGGGGACAGGGUGACCUUCAACGGGAAGGACUGCUUGUGUCAGUACUGUGUGGAGCCCAUGUCUCCAGGACCAAAGGACAUCCUGGGCUCUAGCAAUUGUGCAGGAUGUGGUCGAGACAUUAAGAAUGGACAGGCUCUUCUAGCACUGGACAAACAGUGGCAUCUGGGCUGCUUUAAGUGUAAGGCCUGCAGCAAAGUGCUGACCGGGGAGUACAUCAGCAAGGAUGGCGCCCCCUACUGUGAGAAGGACUACCAGAUCCAUUUUGGAGUUCAGUGUGAGGCGUGUCAUCAGUUCAUUACAGGAAAGGUGCUAGAGGCAGGAGAUAAGCACUACCACCCCAGCUGUGCGAGAUGCAGCAGGUGCAAUCAGAUGUUCACAGAAGGGGAAGAGAUGUAUCUGCAAGGAUCAACAGUGUGGCAUCCUGGCUGUAAGAACACCACCAGAACAGAGGAGAGACACAGGGAGCGGCCUACGAGGUCGUCGUCCGAAAGUAUUUGUUCCAGACCUGGUUCAAGCAUACCUGGCUCACCGGGUCACACGAUCUAUGCAAAAGUAGACAAUGAGAUCCUUGAUUACCGAGACCUAGCUGCCAUUCCAAAAGUCAAAGCCAUUUAUGACAUUGAGCGCCCCGAUCUUAUUACCUAUGAACCUUUGUACACCACCUCCCUGGAUGAGAGAGAGGAGAGACGAGAGAGUGUGGGAGAGCUCCACACUGCUAGGAGGGAGCGUUCCCCCUUGCCUGAUGACAAGUCCUCAAGAAACAUGUCGCCAACCCCGCCUGGUGAGGGCUCUUAUGACAGGAGGGAACGCAUCCUCCAAAGGUCCACCAGUCAGGGCUCCAUAGGGUCACCCGUUUAUAAUCGUCAUGGUUACACCCCCACCUUGUCACGGUCACCACAGCACUUUCACAGGCCAGAGGCUCUGACAGGCAUGCAGAAGCUCUGCUCCUCCCUGUGCAGUAACAGUGUGGGCUCCAGAAAUAGUGACUCCCGCCCCACCUCCCCUUUCAGACACCACUUCCUCCCCCAUAGCCAAGGCACUGACCCGCCGAGUGGCCGGAGCUCCCCCCUCCCGCUCAGGCCCGACAGCCGGCCGGUCACCCCGCCUCUCUCUCAGACCCCUAAACAUUUCCACCUCCCAGAUCAGGGGAGCAACAUCUACAGAAAACCACCCAUCUACAAACAACACGAUACAGAUGCCAUAGCACGUCAAAGCAAGCCUGCUGAUGAGAUCAUCAGAUCCGCCACCUUCCCCGCUGCCCAUGCUCCCUCUCCAGAUGACAGCUCACGGAGUGAGGGCGACCAUUGGCCCUGCUCUCUUGCUGUAUUAGGUUCAGAGGGGAGAAGACGAUCCAGAGAAGAGGAGGAGGAAGAGGCCUUGAAAAGAAAGCAGCUCCACGAGGAACAUCUCAGUAAGAUUCAGUCUGGUUUGGGAAAGCUCAUUCUGAAGGAGGAGAUGGAAAAAGAACAGAUCAGGGAGCGUCACGCACGUAGUCUCUCUGCUCAGCGCUACGACCCCAAACAGACCAACUGUGACGCAGAUCCAACCUCUCCAACCAAAACUAACUCUCUGCCUGGCUAUGGAAGGAAUGGGCUGCAUCGGCCCCAGUCUACAGAUUUCACCCAGUACAACAGCUAUGGUGACAUGUGUGGAGGAGGCAGAGAGUUUCAGCACAUUAAGGAUGGCCGCGCAGCACUUGCAAGGAUGGACAGGGGAGUAUCUAUGCCUAAUAUGUUGGAACCAAAAGUGUACCCCUAUGAAAUGCUCAUGAUAACCAGUAGAGGGAGAGCUAAACUGCCCAGGGAUGUGGACAGAACCAGACUGGAGCGCCACUUAGCACCUGAAACGUUCUUUGACAUCUUUGGAAUGGAGAUCCAGGAGUUUGACAGGCUUCCCCUGUGGAAACGCAACGACAUGAAAAAGAAGGCCAAGCUCUUCUAGCACUCAGAGCAGCAUGCACAUACUGUACAUUCAUUCAGAUAGCACACGACAACUGUAAUCUAGAUGUAGGUUUUGGUUUAUUUCCUUUUCUUCUGGGUUUUUGUUUUCUCCUGGCAUAAUCAAGGAAGCCAUGAAAUGGACUCUUUUUGCUCUGACGCUUCCUGAGACUGUGAGCUGAAUGAUUUGUCCAGUUAGACACGCACAGGAGACGAGGAAUGGGAAUCUCUUCCAUGUUCAAAAAUGACAAAGAAUGAAUGAUAAAUAGGGUCAUGUUAUUUGGUUUGACUGCGCUUGUUUUACUUCUUGCUUUGCUUCGAGUGGAACUGCUUUCCUUUCUUUCUUGCUUGUUUAUUCCUACUAUUUGUUGCUGUUGAUUCCUGUGGAACUUUGUAAGUACAGUAGAACCUCAUGGCGCCAUUAUGAAAUGUCCAUGCUUGUAGCUUGAACAUGUGUCAGCUUUCCUUCGCUUGGGCUGAAACAGUUUUAGUCCAAAGUUUGCAAGAAUCGGCUCAGUGAGUCUUUGAAUAAAAAAAUAAUAAUUAAAAAGCCACUGGGAAAGCAGUCAGCUGACCCAUCAACUGUUUUACCGGAUCUACAUGGGAAUGAAUCAUCCAAGCACCUACACAUCGUCAGUCUCCUCCCCCCCCCCCCCCCCCCCCCCCCC